ACGCUCAGUUCAGUCGGUGGCCAACUGUUCGGUUGUGUGCAUACCACCAACGGUGGACUCUCCUUCACAUCUCCUCUCUGAAUUUUCGAUCCUUUGCGCUCGCCGUCACAGCCAAAGUUCAUAAAAGAGAAGAAAAAAAAGAAGGGAGAUUUCUAUAUCCAAAUAACCCUGCAUACUUGUACUAACUACUCCGUGACGUAUAAUUCUGGUGUGGUCCCCCCCCUCUCCUCUCGAGUCCUGAGGUGAUUUUCAUUUGUUUUUUGCCUUUACAAUUCGCCAUUACUCUCUCAGCCGAUCUACGGGACGGACGUCCAUUUUUUUAAAAAUUCCUCUGCAACAAAUUCGUUAUUUUUUUGGUGUGUGUGUUGAUUUAAUUUAGAAAAACGUCCACCGAGAGAGAUAAGUGCGUUGUUAAGUGACCAUCGUGUUCUUCUUUUCGUUUACGUGCCGUUUGUGUGUGUGUGUGUGAACAAAAAAAAAGAUACUUCCGAUCAUCAGUGUGUUCAAUCAAGAAUUCGAGAGAAAGAAAGACAUACCCCGAGUGUGUUUAACCCCCUCCUACCCCCAACAAAACAUCGUGAUUGGUGAUUUGCGGGCGUAGUAUGCCGAGCUCGGGAUUGAUGCAAUUAAGCAACGGGAGCAGUUCCAGCGGUUCGAACAGCAGCAAUAAUAGCACUAGCGGCAUCAUCGUCAUCAACGGAGGUGCUAACAGAAUGGACGGCACUUUAAGUCAGAGUAUGGAUUCGGUGAACACGGUCGCUGCUGAAGAAGAGGUGAGGACUUUGUUUGUUAGCGGCCUGCCGAUGGACGCCAAACCGCGCGAGUUGUACCUGCUCUUCCGCGCAUAUGACGGCUACGAAAAUUCACAAUUGAAAGUGACCAGCAAAAAUGGGAAAACAACUUCGCCCGUGGGAUUUGUGACGUUUGCGACGCGUGCAAGCGCCGAAGGAGCCAAGCAAGAUUUGCAGGGUGUGCGAUUUGAUCCGGACAUCCCGCAGACGAUCCGGCUGGAAUUUGCCAAAAGCAACACGAAGGUCAGCAAACCCAAACAGCAGAACAGUUCGCCCCCCGCAGCCGCCCCUCACCCCACGUUGCUGCACCCCCUCACCGGCCAGGAUUUAAGCCCCGCCUUUUUCCCGACAGCAUCGGACAUGUGGACGACGCAUCCGGCAUUGGCGUAUUCGGCGGCGGCGGCGGCUGCGGCAGCUGCAGCGGCCGAACUUCAGGGCCACCAGGGCAACGCUCAUCAGGGAGCGGCGGCGGCGGCGGCGCUGCAACACGCUCACGCUCACCAUGCGGCUGCCAUGGCGUCCGUCCAUCCGGCCCUGCACCCGCAGUUACCCGGCUCGAUGCAAAUGAGUCACGGCGGUCAUCACUUGACGCAACUGAUGGGCUCGACGCCUCAUCACCAUCACCAUCACCACCACCAGAUGGCCCAGGCUGCGGCUGCGGCUGCCGCGGCCGGCGGUUCUCCCGUGGCCGCUCCGGGCGCCGGUGCUGGAGCUUCGACCCCUUCGGCCAUGGGAGGCGGAGCCAACGCUCCAUGUUCAACCCUUUUCAUAGCCAAUCUUGGCCAAUUCGUUUCCGAACAGGAACUCAAAGAACUCUUUGGCAGUUUUCCUGGAUAUUGCCGGCUCCGCAUGCAUAACAAGGGCGGUGCCCCUGUCGCCUUUGUCGAAUACGCUGACGUUCGCUGUGCCGCCCAGGCUCUGAUUUCCCUGCAGGGCACCUAUUUGCUGUCAUCUGACCGUGGCGGUGUCCGUAUCGAGUACGCGCGCAAUAAGAUGGCCGAGACGGGCGGUGGAAGUGGCAGCAACAACGGCGGAAGCCCCACUUCCGGCGCAUCUUCAUCCUCGUCCCUAUUGUCGAUGGCCAACGGCCAACAACAGGAGCAGAAAUACAAUUUGCAUCACCAUCAGCACACGCAGGCCGAGGUGGAAGCGGCCAAAAUGUCGAGCAAUCAGGCCAGCAUGGCCAUGGCCGCGGCGGCUGCCAAUUCGGCUUUGUCGCAAGCUGUUCAAGGUGCUCCGCUUCACGCCCUCGGUCUUUACGGACACCACAUUUGGCUAGGAAUGCAAGAUUAACAUCCCAAAGGGUUUUCCGAGUCGAUUCAUAACAGCCCACGUUCUGCGCACACGACUAUAGUGAAAUUGACUAUACCAAUUACCAACACCGACUGCUGAGCUAUUUUUUGCUGCCGCUAAUUGCAACACACACACACACACACACCCUAUUUACUCUCCCCUCCUCCCCCAACAACGUCCAUAGAAAAGCCGAUAGUUUUGUAAAUGUUUACUGAAACAAAUUUACUACCGAAGAAAACCCACCUACUGCCGCGACCUGGUUGCGCAACCUGAUGAUGCUGACGACACACGAUGUGGUGGUUACGUUUCUCUCCAAACAGUCGGAGAAAAGAUGAAGAAAUUUAAAAAAAAAAAGGGGGGGGUGAAUGUUGUUGACGGUUCUCUAUUAUUUACGUUUAUUAUUCAUUUUUCACGUGCUUGUUGCUGGUGUAUAAGAAGAAGAAGAAGUUCCUUAUUGAUUUGGGCGACCCCCCCGUUCGCAAUCCCCACCGUUUUCGUUCUUCUGGUCCCCCCCCUCCCUAAACUUUUUGUUUUUGCUGUUGGUUUUUUUCUAUUUUGUUAUGAUUUUUUUUUUUCUUUUGCGUGCAUCCCUCUCUAAUUCGAUUGUUUAGUUUUUGACUUUGCGAUUUUUGGCCUACCAGCCAAAAAAUGACGCUUCGAAAUGAAAAAUACUUUGGAGCUUUUUUUUUUCGUUUUCUUUUGUUUUGGGGAAUUCAUUUUUCUUUUUUUUUUUUUUUUUUUAAGAAAAUGUGUGUGUACUUAAAUUUUUUGGCUAUUUUCCUCGUGUGCCGUUUGAUAAAUUCUGUACGAUUGGCCCUUGAUUGUAUCCUUACGCUCCCCUUAAAAAAAAAACGUUCUGACCGCGAAAGCUUUGGACUUUUGGGAUCCAGCAAUAAUGAGAUAUAUUUAUAGAGAGAGAGAGAGACUAGCAAAGGGUACGUAUAGCAUCCAUAUUAUAUCACCAUUUAUAUAUAUAUAGAUAUAUUUACUAAAUAUAUGUAUGUAUAAGGCGACACCGGGACUUUGGAUUUCCCAGGCGACUCUCCUCCUCGCCCAUCUCUUUGCUUGCCUCCUCUUUUUCUUUGGCCGUUUCUUAUACGUCAAGUUGAGUCACGUCACGCCGUGUGUGCUUGCGUGUAUGUGUCUGUGAAAAAUGUAUAUUCGUGGGCAAGUAGGAGAAUUCGAGUCUCAGUAGCCCAUCAAUUUAUAUCAUCCGCAAAAAGAGGGGCAAAAUGAUAAAAAGUAGAGCGCAAGUUUGUAAUCAUCAGCAAUAUAUAGUGAAUCUAUCAUUUUUCUUUUCUCCACCGUAAGGCCCUCUUCUUAUAUAUAUACAUAGCUAUAUAUAAAAAUAGACCCAUGAAUAGGUAACCCCCCUCCUUGUAUAUCGAUAUCAUUAUCAUUACUUUCCCCCUCUAUUUUUCAGUUUGUUGUGCCUCGUGUUGUUUUGUUUGUUUUUUUUUUCUUUGACUUUGUCUAUAACUUUGACAUAUUCUUUUUCUAGUUAUACAUUCUCUUGUUAGUUAUUAUGUUUUUGUUUUGUGUUUUCUCUCUCUGUGCGAGGCAAAUAACGAGGGUCGUGAAACGGGGAGGGACACAAGUACAGAGGCGUGGCAAAUUGCGCGGUCAGAGGAAGAAAAAUAAAAAAAGGGGGGGGGACGGUUUUGUUUGCUAUUUACCUGUUGUGGGAAUAAAAACAAAUCGUGAGAGAGAGAGAGAGGGGUAAGAAACGAGUGUCGAGUUGGUGUCGUUUUCUUUCGUUUUGCGUGUGUGGUUGCUCCCUUUGUGUGCCGUGUUGUUUGUUAGGUCAUAUGUGAACGCCGGUAGAAAAUUAUGUUUUCUUUUUUUUUUGCAAUACGAUACAUACCAGUCCGUUGAUGUUUCGGGCUGUUGGAUUCCGUCCACACAAAAAAACAAAACAAAAAAAAUAAUCAUAAUUUUUUUUUUUUUCUUGUUGUUGUUUUCGGAGAGUCUUUCGGGUAUCAAAGGCUUAGUAACAAUUGAAAAUUCGACAAUAUUAUUAUACUUAUCUCUUUCUCUCUUGUCAAACCUGUUUUUUUUUCUCUCCCUUUCUACUCUUUUCCCAUUCCUGAAUGUCGUUUGUAAUUAUCGUGGAAAACAACAAUAGCAAAAAAACAAAAACAAACAAAAAAAAAGGUGUUUGAUGUCCUAGUUUUCUAUGUUUUCUUCUGACUCCUCCUCUUUUCAGUGGCCGUCGACUACGUAUAUCAACAAUUACAUACAUCAUUCGAUUACCCCUUUUUUUGGGUUGUUAGAGAAAGCCCGGCAUUUGACCUCGUCCAUUUUUUGUUUAUCUGUUUGGUUCAAGAAAACAUUUUGUUUGUUUCUGUGUCAUGUAUUUCUCAUGUUGAGCUUCGCGCUGGUGUCACUCUCCUGUCCUCAUGUCAAACAAUUGCAACAAUCUCUCCUCUCUCUCUCUAUUUUCCAUCUCUAAAUCCUUAAUCGUUUCGCAUUGAGCUUUGAGCCUCACGGUUCCCGUCUGCCCACCCCGGCCAGUUGCUGAUGAAUCCAGCCAUCCCCACAUCCCAACAGAUGAUAUCUUUGUCUCUCGUACGAUGGAGAGAAUGUUAUUACACGCUCGAUUACUUUAUAUAGUAGACCAACGGCAGCAAACAAACCAAAAAAGGAACGUACAAUCUGAAACCCGUGAAUGAGAUCACACCAAACAAUCACCGAGCGAAGUUUAUUAUUAUUAUUUCUUUUUUAGUUCAAUAUUUUCAAAGAGUGGGCCAAGAGGGGAAAGAAUCUAGAAAAAUGAAAGACAUGGGUAAAACCGUUGUGUUUUUGUGUGUAUGUCGAUUUUCGAUAUUUAUGUAAACAAACCGCUAGACAGUUGAUGAUACCUUUGUAAUAAAUAUAGAGAGAGUGGUGGCCUUAUCUAUUGACAAACUAGGAAAUAUUGAUGACCUUUCCUUCUAUCCGUACUGGGGAGCAAAGAAUCUCAACAUCCCGCUUGUAUAAUAUUAAAAUACUUUGCGGGCAAAACAAUCAGCACACCCAAAAAAAAAAACUAACGGGGGGUCCAGCACUAAAGCAAUGUAUUUCGCAAAUGCAGAAGAUUGAUAAUCACGGAAUGUGGAUCCGCGUGUAUCUUAAUUACUCCCCCUCUCUCUCUCUCUCUCUCUCUUUGCUUUUAUGUCUGGGGUACAAAUUAAAAUUCGAAAAGAAAUGUGUGACAGUUUUUCAAAUCUCUGAUUGCCAAUAUGUUCAGUUUCCCUAUUUGUUUUUACGCAAUUUUUUGUUUGUUUGUUUUAAAAUUAUUCUUUAUAGUUCCCAUUUAAAUAUUUGUGGCAAUCCUGUUUGUUUUUAGAAUUCUGAAAUCGUUGCAGUCGAUGGUCCGCGUUUCUGUUUCGAGUUUUUUUGUGCUUUUUUUUUUUUCAUUUUUUGAAAUGAAAAUGUUUCGGGUCUCAUUUAUCUUUUUUGUUCUAAAAAUAUCUCCCUUUAAACUUCGUUUCUAGUUGCGUCAAUUCUACUGUAUUUUGGCUUUAAUAUUAUCAUUAAACCGUGUUCAUCCAAAUUGGAAAGUCUUCUCGUUUGUUUUGUUUGUUUCAAACUUGUUCUUGUCUUUGUUUCUUUUAACAUUUUGAUAAGUAUGUGCCAAGCCGAUGAAAAUGGCUUCCCUUUUUUGUUCUUGUUUCUCUGUCGGUUUUUGGAAGGAUCGGAAUGGACAAAGAAGGUCGUCAUCGGAUCGAUCCAUGAGGCCUUCAUAUUGUCACUGUUAUCAUUUUGCUAAUUCUUCUCCCUCCUUAUCUACAGGGGCGUAUCACUGGAUAAGUGGAUAGGGAAAGCUGAUCAACCGGUCUAAUUUGUAAAAGAGUGUAACAAAAAUGAAAACAUAAGUCGGAAGGCUCUUUUAGCAAAUUUCCCCUCACUUUCAACAGGUACAGUACAUGGCAGCUGUUUGAAGUAUGUGCUUGCAAUCCCGGCCAAUGCCCCCGUGUAAUUGUAUAGUGUACAGCGUCAUUAUCAUCUCCCGUCUGAUCUAAUGAGCGAAACGUGCACGCUCAUUAUCCGUUGAGAUCCGAUGCGUUGCUAAUGAAUCAGCCAAUGUUUUGAUAUAGGCUUUGAACUAUCACUAGACAAACUGGGCGAUUUCUCUUGAACACAAACUGAAUAAAAAAAAACCAAAACA